UAGCCGUUUUAAGAGCGUAAUUUUGCGUAUGUGUUUUGAUUUUCAAUGCAAGUUUUAUUCGCAUUUGUGUGAGUAUUACAUUUACGCUCUUGGAACCGUCUACGGAUCCAUUCGAUUCAUUCAUUCAUUGUGACUGUUUGAAAGAAGAAAGAAAUGUUGUGAAAUAACAGAUUCUCAAUAGUUUUUCUAAAUAAAAAAAAAUUGUUUUUUUGAUUAUAUUCUGUGAAUUUUAUCGAAAAUAAAUUAUCUCAAUAUAUUGUAAUCGAAAUGGAGAAAGAACAUCGUCGCAUAAUUCUAGACAAUAUAUCCGAAUUGAUUAAAUUAACCAACUAUGAAUUGCUCAUGAGAAAAUGUCUCGAUCGCAAAAUUAUGUUUCCAAUAAUGAAAUCAGAGAUUGAGAAAUUGCAGAUUGGACCAGAAACAAAGCAUAAAAUGCUGUUCGAGAAAAUUACUCAUCGAGGUCCGAAAGCGUUUCAAGGACUAGUCGAAAUAUGCAGAGGCAAUUUCGUCGAGGCUGCCCAUUUACUGCAACGUAAAUCGUCGCGUAUCCCCUUGCCCAGUUUCGAUAAUAAUGAUGAUGACGACGACGACGACGGGACCAUCAGUAUUCGAGGGAAAAGACGCGAAGGCGAAGAAAAGAAAGACAAAAGAAAAGGUCGCGAUAAACAGAAUGACGCACAAUUAUCGCCCGUUGCAAAGCCACCACCGAACGUUGAUAUAACCGAUAAGUCGGUUAGCCGUGCGGACGCUGAAAGGAAUGUGAAAUUGGAAUUAUUUACGGGUGAAGUGCAGCCAACGAAAUUAGCUAUUAGCGUCACCAAGUCAAAGAAGUACCAUACGCACAAAACGUUGGCCACCUACGACAUGAGAUCACGCCACCGAGGCGUAUUUUUCUUAGUCAAUAUUAUCAAUUUCCAUAACAAGGAGCCGAGAAACGGCGCUUCCGUCGAUCGAGACAACUUAAUUACGCUGUUUCGGGGCAUGGAAUUUAGCAUAUUUUACAACGAAGACAUUACCAGUGGGGAAUUUCACAUCCUGGUGGAUGAACUGAUAUCCUCGCCAUAUUUGAAACAGACUGAUAGCUUGGUGUUCGCUGUCCUAACGCAUGGUGAAUUCCAGAAGGGCAAGCAAUUCAUCGAAUUCACAGACGGUAGCCUGACAACCGUUCAAGACAUUCUCGAAAAAUUCAACAACAUCAACUGCAAGAAUAUGGUGGGAAAGCCGAAAAUCUUUUUAUUUCCCAUGUGUAGAGGCAACGUCUCUGACACAGGAACGGGCCACAGGAGUGCGAAAAGCAAAAAGACUGAAACGGACACCAUCAGCAUAUCGGAACAGAUGAAUAUCGGAACGUAUACGGACAUAAAAGUGUGCUACGCAACUGUUCCGGGAUUUGAGACGCAUCGCGAUCCGGACACCGGUUCGUGGUACGUGCAGACAUUCUGUGAGGUGUUCGCCGAAUAUGCGCACGAAUUCCAUUUGGACGAUUUGUUGAAAAUGAUUGGCGAUAGAACGAGUCGUAUUCGAACGGACAAAGGUGAGCUUCAGACUUCUAGUACGGAAGAGAAAGGUUUCCAUAAGAAUCUUUACUUCAAUCCGGGAUAUUAUGGAGAAGGCGUCUGAACAUUUAAAAGAAAGAAAAAAAAACUUUUUUUACGAUUUUGUACAUCUUACAUUCGAAUUAGCAAAUUAAAACGUUUUUUUAUCUCUUUUGUAUUUGAA